AUGGCGGCCAGAACUGCGACGCCGAGCUCGAUGCCCGCGAUUCCUAACAGGGAAGAUAUAGGGGCUACGUGGCGUUACCUCGUGCUCGGUAUAAACCGCGUGAUGAACGAUCUAGAGCAGGGUAUUGAUAUGCAGUUGUAUAUGGGCGUUUAUACGGCCGUUCACAACUUUUGUACCUCGCAGAAAGCGGUCGGCAUAUCCGGUCCGGCUAUGCAGUCUUCGCAUAGAGGCGCUCAUCUGCUCGGCGAAGAGCUGUACAACAAGCUCAUCGGCUACCUCACGACACACCUGGACGGGCUGUACGAAGAGUCGAAAUUACACACCGAAGAGGCACUCCUCGCCUAUUACAUUAGAGAAUGGGGCCGGUACACUAUUGCUGGCAAGUACAUCCAUCAUCUGUUUCGUUAUCUCAAUCGUCAUUGGGUUAAACGCGAGGUCGAUGAGGGAAAGAAAAACAUAUACGACGUUUACACGCUGCAUCUCGUCACAUGGCGAACCGUGCUGUUUACUAAGGUUUCUACCAAGGUGAUGGAUGCUGUUCUCAAGCUUGUCGAAAAACAACGAAAUGGGGAGACGAUUGAGUAUGGUCAGAUCAAACAAGUUGUCGAUUCCUAUGUGUCCUUGGGGCUUGACGAAGCCGAUCCUGCGAAAUCCACUCUCGACGUGUACAGAUUUCACUUCGAAAAGCCUUUCCUCGACGCUACCAAGGAGUUUUACCAAGCCGAAUCAAAACAAUUUGUUGCUGAGAAUAGCAUUAUCGAGUACAUGAAGAAGGCCGAGGCUCGCCUGCUCGAGGAAGAGGAGCGUGUCAACAUGUACCUGCACCAGGAUAUCGCCAUUCCUCUCAAGAAGGCUUGCAAUCAAGCUUUGAUUGCCGAUCAUGCCAACCUUUUGCGCGAUGAAUUCCAGGUUCUGCAGGACAACGACCGCGAGGAAGAUAUGGCUCGCAUGUACAACUUGCUAGCCCGCAUCCCCAACGGUCUCGACCCCCUACGAAUCAAGUUCGAGAACCAUGUGCGAAGAGCUGGGUUGGCUGCCGUGCAAAAGAUUCAAUCGGCCGACGGCGAUAAACUGGAACCCAAGGUGUACGUCGACGCGCUACUAGAAAUUCACACUAAGUAUCAGUCACUGGUCAAGAACGCGUUCAAAGACGAACCGGAAUUCACUCGGGCUCUUGACAACGCUUGCCGCGAAUUCGUUAACCGAAACGAAGUGUGCAAGUCGGGAUCUAAUAAGUCUCCGGAGCUUCUUGCAAAGUAUACUGACGUGCUGCUGCGCAAGAGCAGCACCAGCAUCGAAGAAGCUGAGCUUGAGCGGACUCUGACGCAGAUUAUGACAGUUUUCAAAUACAUCGAAGACAAAGAUGUCUUUCAAAAGUUUUACUCUCGCAUGUUGGCAAGACGUCUAGUUCAUGCCAACUCGUCUUCGGAUGAUGCCGAGACCAGCAUGAUCAGCAAGCUCAAGGAGGCCUGCGGGUUCGAGUAUACCAAUAAGCUGCAACGCAUGUUUCAGGAUAUGCAAAUUUCCAAGGAUCUUAACAAAGAGUUCCGUGAGCAUCUGGACGGGAUCGACAGCCAAAAGACAAUGGAUUCGUCAUUUUCCAUCUUGGGUACUGGCUUCUGGCCGCUGCAAGCGCCGAGCACAAAUUUCCAGCCUCCUACGGAAAUCAGUAGUGAAAUCGAAAAGUUCACUCGGUUCUACAAGCACAAGCACGAUGGUCGGAAGCUUACCUGGUUAUGGCACCUAUGCAAGGGUGAGAUCAGGACGGGAUACUGCAAGAGCAGUAAAACACCAUUUACCUUCCAGGUCUCUGUCUAUCAAAUGGCUAUUCUGCUUCUCUUCAACGAAAACGAUGCCUACGCCUACGAAGAUAUUCUUAGCGCAACCGCACUGAGCGCUGAGGUUCUUGACCAAGCACUUGCCGUCAUCCUCAAAGCCAAGGUGCUUAUUGUUGCCGAUGGCGAAAAGCCCGGGCCUGGCAAAACAUUCAAACUGAACUACGACUUCAAGAGCAAAAAGAUCCGUGUGAAUCUUAAUUUAGGAGGCGUGAAGGAGGCCAAGCAGGAGGAGGCUGAGACCAACAAGACCAUUGAGGAAGACAGAAAGCUUCUAUUACAGUCUGCGAUUGUCCGAAUCAUGAAGGCGCGGAAGAAGAUGAAGCACUCGCAGCUGGUCGGCGAGACCAUUAACCAGAUCCGCACACGCUUUGUCCCGAAGGUUGCAGACAUCAAGAAGUGCAUAGAGAUUCUGCUGGACAAGGAGUAUCUAGAGCGUCUAGAGGGUGAUGAACUUGGUUAUCUUGCAUAG